CAGUUCCGCUUCCGGCUGGAGCCUGCCACCUGCGGCGAAGGCGAGCGGCCAUGGCGUACUCCACAGUGCAGAGGGUGGCCCUGGCCUCGGGGCUCGUCCUGGCUGUGUCGCUGCUGCUGCCUAAGGCUUUCUUGUCCCGCGGAAAGCGGCAGGAGCCGCCGCCGGCUCCCGAAGGAAAACUGGGUCGAUUUCCACCCAUGAUGCAUCAUCACCAGGCGCCCUCCGAUGGCCAGACCCCUGGGGCUCGAUUCCAGAGGUCUCACCUUGCAGAGGCAUUUGCAAAGGCCAAAGGAGCAGGUGGAGGCCCUGGAGGAGGAGGUACUGGAAGAGGCUUGAUGGGGCAGAUUAUUCCAAUCUAUGGUUUUGGGAUUUUCUUAUACAUACUGUACAUUCUGUUUAAGCUCUCAAAGGGGAAAACGACUGCCGAGGAUCGGAAAUGCUCUACUGCCAUACCUGGAAGCUCCCACCGGAAAAUUACCAAUUUUGAGCUUGCUCAACUGCAAGAAAAACUGAAGGAGACAGAGGAAGCCAUGGAAAAAUUAAUCAACAGAGUGGGACCUAAUGGUGAGAGCAGAGCACAGACUGUGACUUCUGACCAAGAGAAGCGGUUGUUACAUCAGCUCCGAGAAAUCACCAGGGUCAUGAAAGGAGGAAAAUUUGUUGACAGACCCACUCCAGAGAAAGAAGCUGAGGAGGCCCCUUACAUGGAAGACUGGGAAGGUUACCCUGAAGAGACUUACCCAGUUUAUGACCUUUCAGACAGCAUCAAGCGUAGGCAAGAAACAAUCCUGGUGGAUUACCCUGACCCAGAAGAGCCUUCUGCUGAAGAAAUAGCCGAAAGAAUGGAAGUGCUAGAAGAAGAAUCAGACCAUUUGGGUUGGAAAAGUCGGCCCGCUGAUCCCCGAGCCCAGGAAGAUAAUUCUGUUACUUGGUGUGACCCAAAGGCAGAAAUAUGUUCCUGCUGUUUCUGUGAAGAAGAGGAUCCCGCUGUCUUGGCAGAGAAUGCUGGAUUCAGUGCAGAUAACUACAGUGAGCAAGAGGAAGCCACCAAAGAGGGGGGGCCCCAAGACGUCAGAGAGGAAGGCUUGGGCAUCAGUGCUGCUAGAGCACAUACAGGUGGCAUGCUGAGGAAGCGGAACCUCCAGAGUUUAGAAUGAAAGCAGCCAGUUUGGUGAAGUAUCCACUACUCUAGCCCCAAGGUGACCUUUCUCUCCUCUCAGAUUUCAUCCUUGGCCCUGUGCCCUAUACUUCAUUCUCUGUGUUUAAAUAUCAUAGCUAUCAGGCCACUACCAUGGAUAUCAUGUAUCUUCCUGGUGCUCACACACCUGUCACCUUGUAAAACAUCAUAGAGAUUAAUUAGUGUGAACAUAAGACAACUUCACUCUUCUCUUCCUGCCUUUUCCCCAGCAGAGAAAUUGACCCAUGGAGUAAUUACGUUUGGUCUGUUGUAAUUACAGAUGGGGACCACUCAGGGGCAAAGGUCUGACUCUUCCUGCUAGGAGUAACAGAUGGUUUACCUGUGAAGGAACAUCAGUGUACAGAUGAUGACUUAAGGUUACAAGAGUGAAGAUUUCAGGGUCUAAGAUGCCUUAUCCUUUGGGCCUUGAGCAGGUUAGUGGCCCCCUGGGGAGAAGAGCACAUUUUGUUUGUGGGGAUGAUGGGCCCAGAGCACGGUAAGACUGUUCUCGGACUUGAAGCAUCUUCCUCACACCUACAGCCUUUCUAGGUGCACUGAUGCUGCCUCAAACACCCAGAGUAGCAGAAGACUCCUGCUGACCUUAGAAUGAGCCCAGAGGCCUGUCUAGGUGACUGUUUUGCCCGGAUAUUCUUAGGCUCUCUAGCUGCCUUUAUUUCUGCCCUGCUUAACAGAACUGCCAAACCCAGAAGCACCUUUGUACUUUUCAGUGGCCAGAGGAAGUUUUAGAUUGAGACUUCAGAGCCUGCCCUGCAAAGCCAAGGUUUGAGGCUAUAGGAAGGCCUGCCCAAGGGUUGUAGUCCUGCCAUGAGCUACUCAGAAGGCCAUGGAGCCGGCAACAAGGACGAGGACCCCUACCCUUACAGAGAGUCCUCGCCUAGAAGCUAUUUCUUAAUGUUGUGCCAUCCGGGAAAUUUGUCCUUACACCACAUGGACUGAAACAAAGACUGAACUUGUUACAAAGUGCCAGCCCAAUAGGAAAGUUGCAGACAACCAGUACAGCAGUGCACAGGGGAGGAAACCAUUUGUUCUAUAUUUGGAUAGCUGAAUCUUUUGAGAGAGCUGGGGAAAGUAAGAGGUAGAUUAGGCCUGGGUGGAUUUUGACCAAGCUAAAGGCCUCAUCGCCUAAACUGCCAUCUGUUACAUGUCUUCAUGUGACUUCUAACAAGGAUGAGUGAAUUCAUAGUUUACAUGCAAGGCCUGACAGUUAUAAAGAAGGCCUAUUCCCCUGAGGACAUUCCCAAUCAUAAAACGUAGAAGACUUCAAAGUUAAGAAAUUAUGUAAAGGUAGUUCUUAGUGGCUUUUAGAGUUCCAUUGUACCUGGCCUGAAUAAGAUGCCGGGAAAGAGUUCAAAUCGCGCAUAUAAGCAACAGGCCGCUCUUCGGAAGAUAUGGGAUCAUAUUAAGAUAAUGUGUCAGCUACUACUAGAUAUUUCUUGUCAGGUAAUUGAACUACAGAGAAAUGUCACUGCAGACUGUGUCUCUGGAAAGUAUAUUGCAUCUGCCUUUGGUGUGGAACAUUUCGUUCACAUUGUAAAGAAUGCAGUUUAAAAUGUAUGAAGACAAUCUAGACGUAAUGCUAAAGGUAAAGUAGUGCAGCUGCUCUUUACUCUUCUGAUUCAUUGUUUUCCACACUAUUUUCCUUCAUUCACUGGGAGCAGUUGCUUAUGAAGACAGCUCUGUGUCCCUGUUCAAAGGUUGAAAGUUUUUUUUUUUUUUGCCUUAGGAUAUGACUCCCUUAUUAGAAGUAACUACUGCUGUUUCUUUGUAGCCUCUUCAUUCAUUUGCUGAGUACUAGAAUGAAAGAUUUAAUUCCUGCACUCAAACUCAAUUUAACAUGGGAGCCUGACAGGUAAAAUGAGCUGUGAAAUAAGAGGCAGAGUCAUAUGGGCUUCAGAUCGUGAAUUCUACAGGCAGAGAAAUUUGGGCCCUGAUCCCAUCCCUGCCCAUUCUAGCUGUGGGAUCGUGGGUCAGCUCCUUAAACCCUCUGAGCCUUGGCUUUGUCAUCCAUAAAGUAGGGGUAAUAAUGAUUAUCCCUAUUAUUAUUAAUUAUGAAGAUUAAAUAAUUAGUACAUGCAAAACAGUAUUGGUCCUAUUUCAUACAUGGUAACCACUCAAUAAAUGGUAGCUGUUUUAUUUUUAUUAUAUAAAGUUUCAGGCUGUAAUUGAGAUACGGGCCCCAAACUACAAGAGCACAAAAGAGCAUUUGCAAGAAUACUUCACAGAGAAGGUGGGGCUUGAAGCAUGCUAAGAAUUUCUCCAGUUGGGCAAGGAAGGGAAAGGACGUUCUUGGCAAAAGAGUGGCACUGGAAAAAGCAACAAGGUAUGAAAAAGAAGGUAUGUUCAAGUAUUUUGAUGAGGCUGGGAUGUACAGUGUCACAUAAGUGUUUAUUUUGAAUGUUAAUCUUUGGAAAAAAAUGCCAGAAGUUCUAAGUCCCUCAUGAUGGCUCUUGCUGCCCUGUCUCUUGGUUGGUUUAUAUAUCAGGAAUAUAUUUAUAUAUCAGGAAUGCUGAUGUACUUUUUGACCAUUUCAGAUUAGACAAUUCUUUUUGGAUUUUCCAGACCUAUUUUAUCCUUCAGGGAAAACAAAGAUAUGGUUACAUACAACCCAGGGUGACAAAAAUCAUGGGACUGGGUUUUGUUUGGCAAUACCUGCUCUUUCUUCAUGGCCUUCAUUUCUCAGAACUGGUCUGGGCCACAAACUUGACCAGUCCCCUGGCACUGGGCUGAGGUAAACUUUGGGCACUGUGACAGAGCAUGCAGUCAUACUUCGGGGCACAGAUUGUCCUAGGAAACCACUGGACCAUCAGCUUGGCACAUCAGGUGGGUGGCCCAGCCAGGAGAUCCUCUUUCCUGGUCAUGACAGGACUACAAGGAAAGCGUAAUGUUAGCUUCAUGACUAGUGAAUGGUGAGCUCUAGAAGCUGGGCCCAGGGAGGUGUGCUGAGGAGCAGAGGCAUAUUUGGUCUCCAGAAGAGAUGACCUGUGAGAACCAUUCUCUGCACCAUCUAUUGUUUGGGUGACCAAGUAACUUAUGGUCUAACCUGAGACAGUUUGGGAAAAGGGAGCUUUAAUAAUAAUUAUGCCAAGUCAAUAGGUGUAAACCAGCACUGUCCUGGAUAUAUGAUUACCCUGUCCGUAGCCAUGUAAAAGAUUUGUCUUCAACCUGUCCACUAACAAAUAAAAACAAGCAAAACAAAACCAAACCCUCUUUACUUUUUAGUAAUGUCCUGAUUACAUAUGCUAUUUCCCACAGGAGCUAGGCCAUGGUUCAGGUAGGAAUUGCUCUUGGUCAUGUAAAAACUCUAAAUCUGGGGGAAAUAAACAAACUCUACUUAUUACCACACUCUUAACCCAGACUAUUUCUAUUCUAAAGAAAAUACUUCAGCUACCCAGCAACAUAGAGAAAAAACAUAAAUGACGUACCCAUAUGAUUCUGGCUUGACCAUUUUUAUACAAAUCUAAAAUGUACUUACCUUUCCCCAUUUUCUUACGUAAAAUAAAAAGAACAAAUGUCUCCCCUUUCAUGGUUCAUUUCUUAAUGUCUCCAGGCACCAUUUUUCUCAUUUAUAAAUUGGAACUAAUAACCCACCUUGCAGGGCUGUUAGAAUGAAAUGAGAUACUGUUUGUAAAGGUCAAGCAUGAGGGAGGUGUUCAAAGACAGCUGUCACCAGCAGCAUCUCAGUCUGUACAUCAACUCCUGUGCUGCUGUGUCACACCUGGCACCUUCCCAGGCCACCCAGACUGCCAGGAAUGGCCCAGGAUAUAGGGCCCUGCAGCCUUUUGGUAAUUGUAGUUUUGACCUCCUCCCUCAGCAUCAGACCACUAGCUCUCACGUCUGCUUCACAGCCGCAACUGCAACCUCUCAUCCUCUUGACUUCAGUUCUGCCGAGGGCCAAAAAAAAAUGUCCGAGCAUGUUUAAGUCCUGUUCACAUGGGUCAGGCUCUGAGUAGGGCCAGAGGAAUCAAGUGGCUGGGUCUUUGUGUUAUGUCUGCCACUUGGGCCAUUUCUACUUUUUUUCAGCUCUACAGCCCUGUUGUGUUCCUAAAGGCCAGGCCCAUAGUGGGAUACAUAGGAACCAAUAGGCUGUUCCUCUAUUUGGCACUAAACAAACAAACAAAAAAAACCUUGUUGCCAUUGAGUCGAUUCUGACUCAUAGCGACCCUAUAGGACAGAGCAGAACUGCCCCAUAGGGUUUCCAAGGAGCAGCUGGUAGAUUCAAUCUGCCAACUUUUUGGUUAACAGCUCUCAACCACUAUGCCAGCAGAGCUCCCUAGUUCACCCAGCUGACCCUAAAGAGGAUCACUCUAACUUAAGUACCUUCAAACCUCACCGUUUUCCCAGCCCUUCCCAGCUUCUGGGUGUCGUUCUAACCAUCUAUAAACUUGAAGAGCACAGCUAGAGGGAAUGCGAUUUUGACCUACUUACCAUUGAUUGUAAACAAGCUGUGAUCCCCAUGUUACCACCACCCACCUACCCACCCCUGAGACUCCUAGGACAGAAACUUUAGGAAAGUUUUGCAUAGGAAACUUUAUGCGUAGGAAAAAACUUUAGGAGAGAAACAUGCUUUUCUCCUAUGGGGGAAAGAAAAAAAAAAAAGGG